GAAAAAAGCAGCAAGCUGGAACACAGCAAAAUUCCAAAACAAAAGGCCACUGUGUUCAGAAGGAGCCAGAAACCUACAGCACAGGUAGCAUGGAAGAGCGAUGGUCCUUGGAGAUUCAGGACAAAGGCCGAGUUACCUGUCCCACAUGCAGGGCUGUGGUGAGGAAGACUGUAGAGGGACUGAAGAAACAUAUGGUAAAUUGCAGGCAGGAAAUGUUCACAUGUCACCACUGUGGAAAGCAACUGAAGUCUUUAGCAGGGAUAAAGUACCAUGUCAUGGCAGACCAUAACAACCAGCCCGUCGUGAAGGAGGGGGAGGAACUGGAUGAGCAGCUGGAGCGGGACCGCCUUCGGAAGGUUCUGAAGCGCAUGGGAAAGCUGAAGUGCAUGAGGGAGGGCUGCACAGGCAGCUUCACCAGCAUCAUGGGAUACCUGUAUCAUGUUAAGAAAUGUGGGAAAGCUGCUUCUGAGCUGGAGAAGAUGGCUAUGAAGUGCCACCACUGUGGGAAGGCAUACAGAUCAAAGGCAGGACUCGUGUACCACCUCCGAUCGAAGCACAGCCCGGUCACUUUCCUCCAUGAGGAGAGAAGAACAGAGAACCUGAAAGAAAUGAAACGGGAGCAAAACAACACAGGCAAAGUUCAGAGGAGAUCUGCAAAGGUGGCAAUCUACUAUCUCCAUGAGCUGGCUGGAGAAGAGCUGGCCAAAGAGUGGCCCAAAAGAAAAGUUCUGCAGGACUUGAUCCCAGAUGACCGGAAGCUGAAGUACACUCGUCCUGGACUGCCCACAUUCAGUCAAGAUGUGCUGUGCAAGUGGAAAACAGAGAUAAAGAUGUACCGAAGAGUCCACUGCCCAAAUCAGGGCUGUGAGUCUGUAUAUAGCAGUGUCUCGGGACUCAAAUCUCACCUCGGCACGUGCACCUUGGGAGACUUUGUGGCUGGUAAAUACAAGUGUCUCCUGUGUGAGAAGGAAUUCAUUUCAGAGAGUGGAGUCAAGUAUCACAUCAACUCUGUGCAUGCUGAGGACUGGUUUGAUAUGAACACAACGACUACCAAAAGCUUUGAGAAACUAAUGAAAAUCCGCCAAAGGGAAGAGCAGAGGAAGCAACGGAAGAAACGUCCCUUGACCAGGGGCAAAAAGAAGAAAGCUGGGACCCUGUCUGCCAAGAAGCUUGCUGCUGCUGGAGCUGAAAAAAUGAGAAGUAAGAGAGGUCAUCCCCAGCGGGUGGACAAUGAGAGUGUGAGCAGUGAGGAGGGAAUGCCCCAGGGUGCACAGAGAGCUGUUCCAAAAACCAGCUGCAAGCAAGGCCGAAGUAAAUUCCUAGAAGAUGAGAAGGAAUAAUCCUAAAGCUUUUCAGUUACGAGCCCCACUUCUGUCAGGCUCAUAACCCACAGCACUAAUAUAAGCAACUGAAUGUCUUUGGGACUGUGACUCAGUUCUCCUCGGUGACCUUGACAUUGGGACUUUUGCCUCUGGUCAGCUGUGAGGAAUUCAGACCAACGCUGUGGUGCAGAGGCUGCCUCUCCUCUCCUGGUGUAGUUCCCUUGGA